UCGGAGAAUGUUGCUUACACAUACAACAACCAAUUAAUGUUGCCUCUUCUUAUUGGUGUAAGGGGAUCUUUUCUUGAUAAGUUUCAAUGGGAUGUGAAUGGCUUGGUGAUGUUGUGUUAUGAGCAGGCAGUUGAUACAGCUGUUAGAGUUCUAAAGGAAGGAGGAAUGGACGCGAUUAAGUUGGAAGGCAGGGCACCAUCAAGAAUUACAGCAGCUAAAGCUAUUGUUGAAGCGGGGAUUGCUGUAAUAGGGCAUGUUGGAUUAACACCUCAGGCCAUCAGUGUUCUUGGUGGAUUUAGGCCUCAAGGCAGAAACGUUGAUAGGGCA